UAUUAAUCUUGAGUUGCGUAAUAACUCUGGUUCCACAGCCCUCUGGCUGGCCCUAACUCAGCUUAACUCCACUAGAGGGGAGAGUGAUCGUUAUGCUGCUCGACUCAUAGAAAGAGGUUCUACGCCAAACGCAAUCGACAGCCUAACAGGGAACAGUCUCCUUCAUCAAGCGGCUUUAGAGUCUAACGAGCGGGCGGCCAUUUUCCUUGUCUGUCACGGAGCUAACGUUGAUCAUGUUAAUCAUCAAGGGGAGAGCCCUAUGCAUGUGGCAGCUGCCAUUGGUCUACAUAAUCUCAUACAAGUUCUACUCCAAUAUGGCGCCGAUCCUAACCUUCAGACAAAUCUAAAAAAGGCUCCGCCUAGCUUUUCAAUACCGGUCAAGGUUGUCCCAGCUCAGACUCCGCCCAUUUCUCAUAAUUCAUCUGAUCUCGUGAGCCCCACCUCAACGCUAGGGGCUCUCUCGGUUCUUAGUAACAUAGCCUCCACUUCACCUUCUCUUGGAGGAGGGAGGGAAACGGAUAGUUUUGCUUCUCAGCAGUUGCUGCAGUUGAAUUCUUUAUCUACAGCUGCUAGUUGUGAUACAUCUCCUGUCAUUGGUCGGGCUGCAGCUUCUGCUGUUAAUAGUAACCCGUUUGGUGAUGACAGUGAUGAGGAGACUGGCCCGCCCACAAGAACACACGGAUAUGGUUUUGUACCAUCUGGCCAUAAUUCACCUCGCAUGUCACCGGUGCCCCCAGCUAGACAAGCCCCGCCCCCAGCCCCUCCCACUGAUCCUGGUACGGAAUUUAUUGAGGAACCCGAACCGUUUGACAUUAAUGUGGACCCUGGACAAAGAACGGCACUACACCUUGCCAUAGCACAUAAACAUCAUGAAGUGGUUAAAGUGAUGCUUCAAUAUAAAGAAUCAGGUAGCACCAGUGGUAAACUUGAGAUAUCUCUAAACGUUGGUCUAAAAGACGGUGGUGAUGAGACCCCACUGAGUCUCUCGCUGUGGACGAACCAGCUGGAGGUAGCACUCAACUUGUUAGAUGCUGGAGCAGACAUAGAGUGUCAGAGAAGAUCGGAUAACAUGACAUUAUUAUACCAGGCCAUAGUGAGGGAGCAACCAUCUGCUUCGUU